GGGGGGGAGGGGAGGAUAUAUUUAUUUUCCCAACAGAGAGUCUGCCUGAGUCGUGCGGCCCAAGAGUUUUUCACUUGAUAGAUGGAGUGGAAAAAAGUGUUUCAUGGUGGCUCCAAGGGCACUUAGCAUUGCAUUGGUUGAGAACCCACAGCAUUGGGAAUGGACUACGCGUCCUGAAUCCAGAUUCUCGGAACUCGCAAUUCUUAAAUCUGUACAAUGGUUAGAUAUUCGGGGGAAGAUAGGAACUCAAAUGCUGUCUCUGGGGACAAAAUACGCAGCCUAUCUUGUAUUCAAGCUACUGAAUGAUACAUAUGGCAUUAAAACGUUGAAUGCAAAAGUCAGAAUUGUCAAUCACGCGAAUGAAAACGAAGCUGUAAAACAAGCUACAAACGUGUACAUUCCAAGCAUGUCAAGAUUCUUUGUUAAGAAUAAAACUGAUCCACUGUAUGAAAAGUAUGCAAAGAUAAGAGGUGAUGGAUGGAUGGAAGUACAGUUGGGAGAUUUCUAUAAUAAGGAAGGCGACGACGAAGAAGUAGAAGCACGAUGUAUGGAGAUCGAGCGCCUUCAUAAUAAGAGCGGCCUUAUUGUUGAAGGAAUUGAGUUUCGCCCUCAACAAUGAACUGUUGUUUUCUUGCUGUAACAACAAUAAUAACAUACCCAGUAUAAUCCUACAAGUGGGAUCAAGGAAGAGUAGUGUGUACGCAGACCAUAUCUCUAUUUUCUGAAGGUAACCAUAGUGGGUUGGAAUAAUUAAUUGAGCUGAACAAUGCGUCAUAAUGUAAUUUGCUUAACUCAACUUUUGGAAGGGGUUAAUUUAAUUCUAUAAUACUAGUAAGGCUUCGUUUA